AUGAAGAACAAAGCCAAAGGUAGUGUUUACUGGCCGUCAAUCGAUGCAGACAUCGAGGCAUUCGUUCGACAAUGCCAUGCAUGCCAGGAAAAUGCGCCGAGCCUACCAAAAGAGUUAAUGAUCAUAUCGGAGAUACCAUCUCUCCCCUGGCAAACCGUGGCAGCAGACAUUUUCGAAUUCGAUGGAUCCCACUACCAAGUCGUGGUAGAUCAUUAUAGUGUCUAUUUCGAGAUCCAGAAGUUGAGCAACAUCACAUCGAAGACCCUGAUCCAAGCCUGUUUCAGCUGCUUCGCGCAUUUCGGAAUUCCAAAGACUAUGCGAGUCGACAAUGGUCGUCAAUACGCAAGUUUCGAGUUCAGAAAAACAAUGAAGGAAGCUGUUCAGAAUCUAUGUCCCCUGUAA